AUGAACAGACUUUUUGGUUCCAAGGCAGCCAAGCCAAAGGCGACUCUAAAUGAUGCGCUCGGUAGCAUAGAUGACAGAGUGUCGUCGCUCGAUAUAAAGUUAUCGAAGAUCAAUGCUGAAUUGGUGACAUAUCAACAAAAGUUAUCACGAAUGAGAGAAGGCCCCGGCAAACAAAACCUCAAGCAAAAAGCCAUGAAGUUAUUGAGACAAAAGAGACAAAUUGAGCAACAAAAAGAUCAAUUGGAAAAUCAAUCGUGGAACAUAUCCCAAGCGCAAAUGACUGCAGAAAACUUGAAGAAUACCAUGGUGACCGUUGACACUUUGAAACAAACAAAUAAGGAAUUAAAGAAGACUUAUGGUAAGAUAGACGUCGAUAAGAUCGAAGACUUGCAAGAAGAGAUGCUUGAUUUGAUUGAAAAGGGUAACGAGAUACAAGAAACUUUGGGUAGCUCUUACAGCUUGCCUGAUGAUGUUAGCGAAUCGGAAUUGGAUGCCGAAUUAGAAGCUCUAGGUGAUGAGGUUCAAUAUGAACAGAAAAAUGGGUUAGAUUUGCCAAGCUACCUUCCGGCUGAAACUAAUACUAUUCCAAAAUUUAUUGAUGAGGAAGCCGAACAAAAGGAACCUGUCAACGCCGAUAAGGUGACAGCUUCUUGA